UAUUACUGCAUGUAUGAUCCUGAUUUUUUGGCCAGCAACAGACACGAGCAGUUUAAUGCAAGUCAAAAGGUUACAUGCAACGGUGAGACAUAAAUUAGCUUUGAGGAUACACAAAAAAAGUUUUAUGCACUUGUGUAAAAUAUGUCUUGCAUUUUUAUGGGUUUAUUGUAUAAUUUAAUAAUCUUCAUUUCUAAAAAUGCUCCUACUUAUUGUACAAUAUUCAUUGUGAAACUACAGAAUGGUACCCUCGCUGUUUACAUGUGUUAGAUUUGAGAGGAUUUGCUGAAUGCAACUGAAGCACACAGUUUAAACUUAUACAAAGCAAGGUCAAGGUCACAACCAGGAGAUAUUCAGGUGAUGAGCAAAUAGCUUUAAAAUAUCAGUAAAAUUGAUAAGUCUUUUACAGACAAAAAGAUAAGCAUUAGAUAAUAGCGAAUAAGCGAAGAUAAUAGAUAAAGACCACAGCCAGGAAUCAGACAUGAUAUGAGAUCAGAUAUGAUAUGCUGAGCAAAUACUUGAUAGCAAUCAGUAUUGAGUGAACUUAAAAUAUUACAGAGGACAUGAACACUAAUCGUACAGUAGGUGAUGUAGUCUGUGGUGGUCAUGUUUACAGCAUAACAGAUUCACUUACGAUUAUGAAAACCACUAAUACAAAUUCCUACAACACAAAAGGUUGUUGGUUUUGUGAGUGUGUAUUGGGGUAGCAGAUGACAUCAUGGGCUGUUCAGGUCAUUGCUGUCUGGACAAUGCACUAAAGAUAAACCUGAAUCUUUACAUUCAUUCAGACAUUGAAGAGUGUGUGGAGAACCAAACCAUCUGUGGUCCUGAUGCUAAGUGCAGUAACACAGAAGGUUCCUAUUACUGCACGUGUCAUUCAGGUUUUGUGGCCUCCAACAAACAGGAGAAGUUUAAUGCAAGUCAAGGUGUUCAAUGCGAAGGUGCUGAGUCCAGUGGACAGCAGUUUAACCCGACUGUUCCCACACUUCUACCUCUGAUUCUGUGGAUAUUGAUGUUCUACCAGUGACACAUUUAUACUCUAUAUCUUAAAAUACUUAUCUUAACAGCAGUGAGAUGCAGGAAUAAACAGCAAAAUUGUACUGCACAAUCCAGAUCAUUUUAAAACAAAUGUAAAUGCAUUUACACAGCACUUAUGAAUGAGGGGUGUAAUCAGUUAAUUUUUUAGUGAUCAGGCGUUCCACUCAUCAAAUGUUAACGACUGCAGCGAGCUCCGAGCAUCCUUAGCUGGGAUCAUCAUUCAUAGACAUACAGCCUACUUUAAAACGUUUGCACUAUUCACAUGUUUUACUGCAGUUAAUGCAGUCUCAUUAUCAUACUCUGCAUGAAGUCUUCUGCAAUUUCUGCUCUUUAUUCACCAGAAAUUUUAUACAUUUAUGAUGAAUAGUUCUAUUAUUAUCUAAUUAUUAAAAUAAUUAUGAUGUAUAA